UGUGUUCACGUCGGAAAGAUUUAGUGUCGUGCACGUAGUAGCAGCAGGGCAAGCUGCUGGAAAGUCAGGUAAUAAUUCAAAAAGACAUUUUAAAAAAAGAGAUCGAAGGAUUUUUUCCCCCCAGGAUUGACAGCUAUGUUGUCUCAUGGAUUUAAAAGCAGUAAGCAGGACUUUACAUUUGGUCCUUGGAAGGUUAUGGCAGAAAAAACCCACAUCAUGAAAUCUAAAGACAUUGAACGUUUGGCCGACGAGAUGCAUAUGCCUUCGCUUCCUGAAAUGCUCUUUGGGGACAAUGUGCUACAGCUACAGCACUCUGACGGCUUUGGGAUCAAGUUCAAUGCGAUAGAUGCCCUGAAGCGCGUCAAUAACAUGCAGGACUCUGUCAAAGUGGCCUGUGCACAGGAGUGGCAGGAAAGCCGAGCUGACUCGGAGCACUCCAAAGAGAUCGUGAAACGAUACGACUGGACAUACACAACAGAUUACAAAGGCACUUUGCUGGGGGAUGAGAGGAAGUUAAGGGUAGUCCCCACAACAGACCGUAUUGACAUGGAAAAACUUAAAGCCCGAGAGCAGAUCAUGUUCUUUGAGGAGGUUUUGCUGUUUGAAGAUGAACUGCAUGAUCAUGGGGUUUCUAUGAUCAGUGUAAAAAUCAGAGUGAUGCCAUCUAGCUUCUUCGUGCUCUUGAGGUUCUUCCUGCGGGUUGAUGGAGUGCUGAUUCGAAUGAAUGACACUCGUCUCUAUCAUGAGGCCGACAAGAAUUACAUGUUAAGGGAGUUCAGUACCAGGGAAAGCAAAAUUUCAGACUUGCAGCAUGUUCCCCCUGCUUUCUACACGGACCCCAAUGAGAUCUCCCAGUACCUGCCUCUGAAGCUGCUGGAGUGUGAGAAACUGGCAUUCCCAGAAACGGGCCCGCAGGCAGAAUCGCCGGACAAGCUCACAGAGACCGAGCCAGAGCGAACGUGAAUCCUAACAGAUGGGAGGAAGGAGAAAGGAGUAGCUCCUGCUUUCUGGAUUUCUGCUUCUCACACAAGACUCUUCGUUUCUGGGGAAAUCCAGGAUGGGGUUACCCCUGCCGGUCUUUUCUCUAAUGGCCGUUGUCCACAGUCAUGGGUGGAGAAUGAAACAUUCGUCUUCACUUCAGAUUUAAACAAGAUUCUCUGCAUAAACCGGUGUGUUCACAACAUAGGUAGCUUUUAAGGCUUAUGAUGAACAAUAGAAACAUCUGUGACUUGUACUCAUAAAGGCCUUUUUUCUAAAAAGUGAAUGUGGACUUGCACUUGUUCUGACUUUAGAUAUUCGAUAUCUAAAGUAGAUAUACUUUAGAUUAGAUAUACACAGUCAUGUUUUAUGGACUAUAUGAACAUGCAUAACAUGUUUCUGUUGCAGAUGAUCUUGUUGGGCUAAAAAGGAUAUUUUACCAUGCUGAAAAGUAAUAUUUCAGAUGUUCCAGUAAUAUUUGAGAUGUUCACUGAAAGAAGGCUCCAUAGCCAAAAUGUGUUUCUUCUUUCUGCUUUUCAGCGUGGAAUUAACCUUUGCUCACUCUUGUUUUCAUUGUUCAUCAUUUUUACCCAUGGAUAUUUAAAGAGACUUUUGUAAAAUGUAUAUGUCUUACCUACACUAAAAGCCAAUGAUGAGGAGAAAUUAAAUAUUUACCCAUCAAAUGGAAUGUGAGAAUUUAGGUUAGCUGUAAUAUUAGUGUACAUGUUUUAAACCCCCUUGACAAUGGGUGUGUUGUGUAAAUGUCUAAUCUUUACCGUUUGAUGUAAUCUUAAUAAACAUAUAAUGGUGCUAUUUUCCAUAUCCCAGUGCAGUGAAUACUGCAGUAUCAUUGGUGUACUGACUUGGACCUGAAAAAACAUUCUAAUAUAAUAAUUCAUUUUAAUUCCAUCCCCAGAGGUUAAUGGCAGAUAUUGUGUGUUUAUGUGUGUUGUGGAAAUUAGAAAUCCUCAUGCAACACUCAUACUACAUAUCCCAAACCUCCCUGAAAGCUGGGUGAGAAGGCAGUUAAGGGGCUAAUGCACAUACAGUAUAAAGAGUUUUGCUGAUAUUCCUGUUAAUGCAGGACUGAGUAUUUCUGUGAAGGGUUCGCUCUGCCAAGGUCUUGAUCUAUUUGUUUGAAAACUAGUCCAAGAGGCAGAUUGCAACAUAAAUAUGCCUCAGGUACUAUGUCACAUUUUAACAUUUUAUUUCAGUUACCUUAGUUAUAAAAAGAGGCAAAGUAUGCUUUGCUUCUCUACAAAUCUUUGUAUUCAGAGCAAGGAAUACACAUUCAACGUUUACUUCACUCAUGUUAAAUAUACAGCAGGGAUAAAACAUUUGCAGAGUUUCUGAAAAUAUUCUCCAAAUAAGUUUGUUGUUUUUCUUCCAAAUGUUUUUGAUGUGCAGACUUAAAUUUGUGUUUGAAAUAGUAACUCUUACAGUAUCUCAACAAAGUGUUUUUGGAUCACUGUAAAAUGGUUGAAUUAUGUCCAGAGUUGUAAUGUCUAUUUGUUCAUUUUCUUUUAUGUCCACUGGAUGAAAAGUCCGAAAUCUUAGUGAGUCUGGUACACAUCUUGCCGAUCCUUUGGUUUUGCUUUGCAACGACAACAUUGACUUGGUUUGCUGAAAGAAGAAACUUUUAACCUAUGCCUUAACAAAUGUGGUGAAUACUGUUUCAGAAAAUUCCCUGUAAAUUCUAAAUACAUAUCUGCAAAUGAAAAUAACGUGACUUUUAAUUCAUUUAAUUACAGUUUAAAUGCUUUCUUAAGUGGGAAUAAUACCUGUAUUUUAAAAGGGUGGUAGCAUAGCUCCCCUUGUAUACCCUGGCGUGUCUACCCCAGGAACGUCACUAAAUUUCUGGGAGGCCUGACGUGUGUCUGGAUUUUAUUCUAAUCUGUUUUGUCAAAUAAGCAAAAGUUGACUCAAAACAUUCCCUACGUUAAAAUUACAGUGACCUUUCAAACACUCUGGAGCCUGGUUAGACAUAUUACAGUUAUGCAGUUAAUUAGAUCAACUAUGCAACUGGAAGCUCAGGUGUUACAAAACCCAGAAAACACUAGGGCUUACUGAAACUAGGAUAGACAUUUGAGAUCUAAAAGUUCCAUACAAAAUGUCAUUUAUGUGUCUAGGCUUCCCCUGUUUCUUGAGUAAUAUUAGGCACUUUCCUCAUUAGUUAUUUAUUACUUACUCACUUUAAAAGGAGUUUUUUUAAAUCACAAUUUAAAAAUUGUUUCCCACUGCUGCUUUGUGUUCAGUGUUGUUUAUCUAUGUCUAUUAGUCAGUUAUGCAUUACAUUAGGUGUUUUAAAUUGUGGUCUUAGGUACAUAAGAAAGAAGAUUUGUAGGUAAGGAGAUGCUGUUUGGCUCAUCUUACUAAAACUAAACUCCUUAAUUUUGUUUGCAUGGAGUUUCAGUCCAUUCCUAGCUAUUUUCAUUGUCACUUGAAUAAAAAAUUUAAUUUA